AUGGCAGCUAAAUGUGUGUGUUCCAGCCCUUACGAUGGAAGGUGGAGCAAAACUAUGGUGGGGUACGGGCCAGAAGACAGUCACUUUGUUGCAGAAUUGACCUACAAUUAUGGUAUUGGAGAAUAUCGCCUGGGCAAUGACUUCCUGGGCAUCACACUCGUGUCCAGCCAGGCUGUGAGCAAUGCUAAGAAGAUGGGGUGGCCCCUCAAAGAAGUCACAGCUGGUAUUUUUGAAGCUGAAGCCCCUGGGGGAUACAAGUUCUACUUGGAAGACAAGGAGCAGCUCAAGCAAGAUCCUGUGCUGAAGGUAACCCUGGGUGUCUCCGACCUGCAGAAGUCUGUUAACUACUGGUCUGAUUUGCUCGGGAUGAAAGUAUAUGAGAAGGAUGAGGAGAAACAAAGGGCUUUGCUGGGCUAUGCAGAUAACCAGUGUAAGCUGGAGUUGAAGGCUGUUGGAGGAGCAGUGGAUCACGGGACGGCGUUCGGGCGCAUUGCCUUCUCCUGUGCCAAGGAUGAGUUGCCAAACAUCGAAGCACUGAUGAAAAAGGAGAAUCAGAAAAUUUUAACACCUCUGGUUAGCUUGGACACGCCUGGCAAAGCCACAGUGCAAGUGGUUAUUUUGGCUGAUCCUGAUGGCCAUGAGAUCUGCUUUGUGGGAGAUGAAGCAUUCCGAGAUCUGUCCAAGGUGGACCCCAAUGGUGACAAAUUGUUAGAUGAUGCCAUGGCAGCAGACAGCAGUGACAAGUGGUUUGCUGCUCAGAAGAAGAAGAAAGCUGCUGCCUAGCUGGAGGAGAG